AACAAAUAUGUCUGCUUUUAACAACAAUAACCACAACUUAAACAACACCUCCGCCGGUAUCGAAGGCCAAGGUUCUAACUUAGCCUCUCAAGGCAUUAAUCGUCAACAACCCAAUGAAUUGAAUGAAAACCAUGGUAUUGCUGCCACUGGAUUAAACAACCAGCCUCUCGAUACUCACUCUAGUAUCCCAUCCACUCGUGGUAAUGAUUUGAACUAUGCUGGUGCAAACAUUGCUGACACAAGAAAAGUGGAUCAACAAGCCGCCUAUGGAAAUACUGCCGGACAAAACUUAAACUCUGACUCAAACCGCACUGGUGGAACAGGUAUUCCUCCUGUUAACACAGCUGAACACGUUCGUCGCAAUGCUGCUGAAGAAGCCAUAUCUGCUGGUCACCACGGUACUCAUCACUCAGGCAACAAUAACCUUUCACAUGAAAGAGAACUUCAUAAUGUUGGUACUGGCCCUACAGCUCUUGGUCACCACAAUGAACACUCUACUGGCCAUAACGGUGUAGGUCUUGAUGAAAAGACUCGUAUCGCUUCCCACAACGCCACUAAUGUUACACAUCAUCAUCACCCCGAUGACCCUGUUGCUGUCGGUCCUUCUUCCACUCCUGGUCAACACCAUACAGGUGCUCCUCUUGGGGCUGGUCUUCCUGAUCAAGAUUUGAAACAUUCAACUGACAAGCGUCAUAAUGAAAAGCAUGGUAACAUCAGCCACAAGGAAGAAGAAACUAAAGUUAGCGCCGGCGACAAGAUUAAGGGUAAUCUUGAAAAGAUCGUUGGUAAGAUCAGUGGUAAUGAAGCCAAGGUCGCUCAAGGUGAAAAUAUUGCCCAGGGCCGUAGUGUUUAAAUGCCAGCAGAUACCAUCCCUUUUAAAUACCUCAUUUAGUC